AUGUUUAGACCACAAAGAGCGGUUGUUUGGUUUCCCUUCAUUUUCCUGUUCUGGGAUGCAGAUAUCGUUGUGACUAAACUCUCUGUCUCCGUUAAGGAGUGGGAUGAACUGAUUACAAAGCAUAAUUUAACGGAAUCCCUAGACGUUUUGGAUAGAUACUGUGCAAAUGUUGUGAAUGUGGUGAAGGAAUUGGAGCCAAAACUGAGUUCCGUUACUCUGUCAUGUGACAUCAAUCAAUCACAAAAGCCAAAGAAUAAUGAUGCCCAAACCAUCGAUGUUCAACUUGCCGUGUUAACGAGUGAAAUGGAAAUAGUAUAUUCAUCAAACACGUGGUUUUCAUCGUUAAAGAAUGCACUUGAAUCGGGUACUGUGAAUGUGAAUAGCAAAUGGAUAACUAGAAUCGUUUCAGUGAGUGGUGGUGAGACGACAAUGAAGAGGGAAGCAACUCAAAGUGGAAUAGCGACUGACGAGGAAGGAAGUUCUCUCGGUGGUGAGACGAAAAUGAAGAGCGAAGCAACUCAAAGUGGAAUGGUGACUGAGGAGGAAGGAAGUUCUCUCGGUGGUGAGACGACAAUGAAGAGCGAAGCAACUCAAAGUGGAAUAGCGACUGACGAGAAAGGAAAUUCUCUCGCCGUUAAUCCUUAUUUCUAUCGACCUGUUGAUCAUGUGUUUUGGGUAUGUUUACUGAUAGCUGCUGAAGUAUGUGAUGAUAAUGUUGCUUGUGGAAACAAUGGAAAAAUGCGUGAUUGA